AACUUCGUUGGGAAAGGGACUGCGCCAGACCCAUCUGCUGCAUCGUCUGAUGCCCAGUCGGCCAUCCCCAUGGCUGCAGGAGAGGCUACAAACGGACUGGAGCCCACACUGACACUCGUGACAGUGACUGACGAUGGGAGGCACUUGACAGUCAACACACACAACAACUCACCUACAGACAUGCACACGAACACACACAACACCUCACCUACAGACAUGCACACGAACUCACACAACACCUCACCUACAAACAUGCACACGAACACACACGACAUGGCCAAUGCAGACACCCAACAACACAUGUCACAACCAAACACACACACACACACACACGCACACACACACGCGCACACACACGUACAAGCACAAGCACAAGCACACACACAAGCACAAGCACAAGAACAGGCAGACAACAACGCCCCUCCCCCACACAGUUCACAGCCAGCCACACACACACCAAACGCACCUACAAAUAUGCACAUGAACACACACGCAAACACACACACAAAUGGACAUACAACACCAUCCACCAUCACAUCAACGAGGCCGCAGGAGGCACUCACCAUAGCCAAUGGCAUAGUGGGAGGCACAGGCAACCACACCGCAGUACAGCCAGCUACUCAGCAGUACCCAGAGGUGCAG